AUGACGGUCACGUUGCGCCUUGGAUUUUUGGCGGCCGCUAGCCAGAUUGCGCAAGGCAGCCGUGUCUCCAACCAGAACGUGCUGUUGGCGAACGAUGAAAUCGCCGAUAAUGACAAGUGGGACGGCUUCGACGAUUUCGACCUUGAUAAAGACGAAGACGUUGAUUUCAGUUUCAUGACGGACAACUUCCGCUACCUUGGGCACGAGACAGGUCUCCUUGGCACUAUUACGGGAUGGUUUGGCGGGAGGUCUGUUAGCGAUGAUCGCAAGGACGAGCUCGUGGAGGGGCACGCGUGCCAAAGACGGGGCAGCCGCGAGGAGACCUAUUAUGCCACGUCCUUGUGUUAUUGGUUGCCGGAGAUCUCGAGCAAAAGCUCAGGCCAGCCGUUGUUGACCUGGAAGGGUGGCAAAUAUAGCAGGGCCAAGAGUCUAUGCCCUGGCAUGACAGGCCAGGGUGUGUGUGCCAAGUGUUCGGUGUGCCAUAACAAUGCGCGCGAUGAUGAUGGGGAUGUCGAGUUCGAGAGGUUCUACGAGCAGCUGACGUUGCCUGAUGGCUGCUUAGGGGAGAAUCAGAUUGAGCGCCAGUGCGUGGAUCAGUACAAUGAAGGGAACCAUGGGCUGAAGAUGGAGGAUAGCCGAUGCCACGAGGUAGAGGGUCGGUUCGAUCAGGCUACAAGCGAAUUUGCUCGCUGCACUUCGGCCCUGAUGCGCCUCCCAGUGAGGAUCCACCACGAAUUGCCACAAGAUAUUCAGCGAGCACAGCAGAAUAUUUACCGGAAGGAGGCCGAAUUGGAUACAGCCCAGCGUCACGAGCGCAAUAAGCGUCAUUGGAUGCAGGGCCAGUGCCACUCCUACUCGAGAUUGAAGCAUGGCUUACGUUGGCAAAACAUGUUCUUGGGCGCUACGCCAACCGAACAGCUCCUCGACAUGAUGUCAUUCCAUUGCCAGUGGCCGAGAAGGCCAAUCGACAACCAGAACGGACACUAUUGGGACGAGAUGCAGCGGUACAACAACCAGAUGCAGUUGUAUAAUGCUUGCAACAUGUGCGAGAACGCGAAGACCCAGCUCAGAAACGCCAACUCGCAGACGAGAAGGGCCCGAUCUGGCUUGAGAAGCGCAGAGACCCAGGUCACCAGAUUGCAGCAGGAGCUGUACAAAGCGCAGCAGGACCUUUCCAUGUGGCAGUCCAGGCAGAGUGAGCUGGACGGCGCGAAGCGGGCCAUGGACAUCGAAUGGUUGCCGCAGGCGGACGCGUGCCGGGAGACCUACGCGCAGUACACGAGCGGCAAGGCCAGGCACGUCGCUCGGUGCGCGCCCACCUACUACAACGCCUCCUGCGAGAAGGCGUGCAUCGAGGUGCAAGCGCAGCACGCGGGCUGCGGCGUCGUGGAGGGCGACAGCCCAGGAGCUAUCACCGGCAACGGUGGGAUCGAGGGCGCGUGCGCGCCGCCCCAGCCCUCGUGGGUGAUGGGCCCCUUCACCUACGAUGCCAAGGAGGCCACGGGGGAGCAGUGCAAGCGGAUCGAGAAGGUGCAGAAUACGAGGUAUGCGCAGAAGGUCGUGAAGUCUGGUUGGCUCUGGAAGAAGGGGCGCGGCAUCAACGGAUGGGACAAGCGCUUCUUCGUGCUGGAGUCUGGGGACCAGGUCAGGUCGGCCGUCCUCCGCUAUUUCAAGAAGGACCCCUCCGCGAACGCGGAUUCGGACGAGAGCGUUGGGAAGGGCAUCAUCCUUUGGGAUGCGAAGGGCCUGAAGGUCAAGAGUGGAGAGCAUUACGGCUGGAAGGACGGCGAAGAGUGUUUCAAACUCUACCACUUCUACCGUGACUUCAGGCUCUGCGUGCCCAGCGACGGCUUCCCUGAUGAGCAGAACGAGGUCAAAGACCGGGACGAGUGGAUGGGUUUUCUGGACGUAGAGAUGACGCAUUCCAAGGAAAGUUGA